AUGGCGACUGCUACUCAGGUGAUCAAAAAGAUACUUCCGCUCUUCGACCGGGUCCUGGUAGAGAAAAUCCAACCGCCAAAGCAGACGGCUGGUGGCAUUUUGCUUCCUGACUCUGCUGUCACAAAGCUCAACGAGGGCCGUGUGGUGGCGGUGGGGAAGGGCAAGCGUUCCGCGGACGGCAAGUACACACCCAUUAGCAUUGGGAUAGGCGACACGGUCAUGCUUAGCGAAUACGGUGGGAACGAGGUGAAACUCAAUGGGAAGGAGUAUCUUCUUAUUCGUGAGGAAGAAAUUCUUGGGUCUGCGUCUGGGAAGACGAUGAUUGCGGAGGCGAUUAUAGAGGUUGUGGGAAGGUACAACGUUACUUUUUUGCACCAAGAUGCCUAUUAUAGAGAUUUUUCCGAGCUGAAGCCGGAGGAGCGCGAGGCAAUAAACUACGACCACCCUGACAGUUUGGAGACGGAGUUGAUGGUUGAGCACAUUAAGAAGUUGAAGUCCAACGUUCCGGCUUCGGUGCCGGUGUACGACUUCAAGAGGCAUGUUCGGCUGAAAGAGACGGUUUUAGAGCAUCCGAGAAGGGUGAUUUUGAUAGAGGGGAUUCACGUGUUAUCGAGCGCCGAAGUUCGCAAGUUGUUGGACAUUAAGUUGUACGUUGACACGCCGAGCGACAUUCGGCUCGCCAGGAGGUUGGAGAGGGACAUAGGCGAGCGCGGGAGGACAUUGAAGUCUGUGCUUGAGCAGUACAAGGCGAGCGUGCGUCCGAUGCAUUUGGAGUUUGUCGGGCCGUCGAGGCGAUACGCAGACGUCAUCAUUCCGGAGGGUGGCAUGAAUCGGGUUAUGGUGGACAUGUUGGCUUCUCACGUUUUGAGGUGUCUGCGAAGCUGA